AUGGCAGUUAGGAGAUUCUUUUAUGAUGCAUGCAUUCCUAUUAAUGCAGUGAAUUCCUUUUACUUCAAGCCAAUGUUGGAUGCUAUAUCUGCAAUUGGUCCUGGAUAUAAGGGUCCAAAUUACCAUCAACUACGGGUUAAUCUUUUAAAGGAUGCCAAGAAGGAAGUUCAGUUACUUGUGGACUCUUAUCGUGCAAUUUGGGCAAAAGUUGGGUGUACAAUAAUGGGUGAUGGUUGGACAAAUAAUAGACAAAGAACACUCAUCAACUUCCUUGUGUAUUGUCCUGAAGGAAUAUUGUUUGUGAAAUCCGUUGAUGUUUCGGACAUUGUUAAGAAUGCAACUAAUUUGUUUCAGUUAUUUGAUGAGGUGAUUGAAUGGGUUGGUCCACUCAAUGUAGUUCAUGUAGUCACUGAUAAUGUAGCAAAUUAUGUGGUCGCGGGGAGAUUGAUUUCUCAGAAGCAUAAACACAUUAAUUGGUCACCUUGUGCAGCUCAUUGUCUUAAUUUGAUCUUUAAGGAUAUUAGUAAGAUGGACCAUGUUGCUGAACUUGUAAGAUGUGUAUCAAAGGUGACAAUUUUAGUUUAUAAUCAUGUUACUUUGUUAAGUUGGUUGAGAAAAGGAGAAGGAUGGACAGAGAUUUUGCGACCUGGUGCAACUCGCUUUGCUACUACAUUCAUUGACUCAAGAGUCUUCAUGAUCAUAAACAUGACUUGCAAGCUUUGGUGA